UUUUAUUUUUUUUAUGUUUAAUUAAAAAAAAAUCCGGAUCCAUUCAGCAGGUGAGAACACGAGUCGCAGUCGCAGACCGAAACUUCCCAACGCGAAUUGAACAAACAAGAGAAGCAAAAAUUAGAUCUCAUUUUUCCCCACACACAGCGACAAUCACAGUGAGGUGAGGAGAGGAGAGCGAUGAGCCGGAGAUCCGCGGCCUGCUUGCGGUGUUGCUUGGUGAUCUUUGCGGUGGUUUCUGCGCUCUGUGUAUGUGGGCCCGCUCUUUACUUCAAGUUCAACAAGCGCCUGAAAUUCGAAGGGGUUUCGGCUUCUUGUCUUCCCUGCAACUGCAAAUGUGCUCCUCCCCAAUCCCUUUUUCAGAUUGUUCCUGGUUUGGCUAAUCUUUCCAUUACAGAUUGCGGGAAAGAUGACCCUGAUGUGAAGGAAGAAAUGGAGAAGCAAAUUGUGGACUUAUUAUCAGAAGAGCUAAAGCUGCAAGAAGCCGUUAGCGAAGCACAUUCCCAACAUAUGAACGUUACUUUAGGAGAGGCCAAAAGAUUAGCUUCCCAAUAUCAAAGGGAGGCCGAAAAAUGCAAUGCUGCCACUGAGACUUGUGAGGGCUCGAGAGAACGGGCAGUGGUGCUUCUCACUAAGGAGAAGAAGUUAACAGCUCUGUGGGAGAAAAGGGCCCGGGACCUCGGUUGGGAAGGUGAAUAGUUAGUUAUAAUCAAUAGAUAUGUGUUUUCUUUAUUAGUGAUGAUGCUUUAUUGACAUACAAAUCUUGAAAUUGACUGGGAAAGGUAGAGAUUAAUCGAGCAGGGGAAUCUUUGUUUGUGGAUAUCUCUUACCACAGUCAUCUUUGAGGUAUAUUUGGAUUUGAUAUUUUAUGCUUCUUGGGCUAAAAAUGGCCGCAGUCUGCAGUGAAGGUAUAGAAAUUAUAUUUCGGAAUUAUCCGACUCUUGGUAAUGCAAAUGUAAUCUGUACGGGUUUUAAUUACUUUCAUUACACGAAAACGAGUGAAAUUCCAUGGUGUUACACAGA